GACGAGGCGGCCAGAUCCCUUACGUCUGUCUCAAACAAAUAAUCAACCAUAAAUUUUCUCUCCCUAGUCUUCUGGGUUUUGUACAAGUCUCCACAAUAACUAGGUAGAGGAAAACAAAAAUACCAAAAUCCAAGUCUGACUAUAUUCAUGGCUUCCAAUAAUAAUCAAGAUUUACCGGAAGCCACAGUGCAAAACGUGCUAGAGCAAGAUACACUGAAGUGGGUAUUUGUAGGGGGUAAAGGUGGGGUUGGCAAAACUACAUGUAGUUCAAUUCUUGGUAUCCUUCUUUCUCAGGUCAGAUCCUCAGUUCUCAUUAUAUCUACUGACCCUGCUCACAAUCUCAGUGAUGCCUUCCAACAACGCUUUACCAAGUCUCCUACCCUUGUCAAUGGCUUCUCCAAUUUGUAUGCCAUGGAAAUUGAUCCAACUGUGGAGAAAGAAGACUCAGUCACUUCAGAUGGUAUGGACGACUUUUUGUCUGAUUUGACAAACGCAAUCCCUGGGAUCGAUGAAGCUAUGAGUUUUGCGGAGAUGCUAAAAUUGGUGCAAACCAUGGACUACUCGGUAAUAGUGUUUGAUACAGCCCCAACAGGGCAUACUCUUCGGCUAUUACAAUUCCCAUCGACUCUAGAGAAAGGGCUUGCCAAAGUGAUGAGUUUGAAGAGUAGAUUCGGAGGUGUGCUGAGUCAGAUGACUCGCCUAUUGGGUGUUGAUGAAGAAUUUGGGGAGGCUGCUAUCCUUGGCAAGCUUGAAGGCAUGAAAGAAAUUAUUGAAGAAGUGAACAAACAGUUUAAGGAUCCGGACUUGACAACAUUUGUUUGUGUUUGCAUUCCGGAAUUCCUCUCUCUAUAUGAGACUGAAAGACUAGUUCAGGAACUUGCUAAAUUUGAGAUUGAUACGCACAACAUUAUAAUUAACCAAGUGAUUUUCGACGAAGAAGUUGUUGAAUCCAAGUUGCUGAAGGCUAGAAUGCGGAUGCAACAGAAAUACUUGGAUCAGUUCUACAUGUUAUAUGACGACUUUAACAUUACGAAGUUGCCUUUGCUCCCACAAGAGGUUUGUGGGGUUGAAGCCCUAAAAGGAUUUUCGCAUCAUUUUAUAACACCAUACAAGCCUUCUCUUGCUCGAGGUUCGGUGGAAGAGCUGGAGAAUAGAGUAGCUUCAUUGAAAGAACAGUUGAAAGAUGCUGAAGCAGAAUUAGAGAAAGUUAGAAAAGGCAAACAGAAGGUAUAACCAAUCUCAGACGACCUGGGCGAUGGAGCGUGUUGUUUCGGCUUGGUCGCUUUUGUAUUUUUAUCAAGGGAAGUAUCAUUGAAUGAAUACUUGUGUAUUUUUCAAGAGGAUUUUCAUGUACGAUUGUUUCAUUUAUUUUUGGGGAGGUUCUUUUGUACCUUUGAUAAGUUAAUAAGUCGGGUCAUUUAGGCUUACAAUGUACUUGUAGAGGAAAGGGGACCAAUGGUCUCAUUAGAUGUAAACCAAAUGAUGAAGCCAGUAUUUAUGUAGUGAACCUAAAAGGCAGUGAAAGUUUCUUGGAGAUGAUGAGCACAUUUUUAUUCCAA